CGGGGCCCCCGCCGGCGGUGCUGCCCGCGGCCCGCAGAGCGCGCGCGGCGCGGGAGGCGGCGGCGGGCACGACCCGGCGGAGCCGCAGCCGCGGCGAGCGGAGCCCCGGCCCCCUCCGCGCCGCCCGGCCGCCCGCCCUCCAGCUGCGCCGGCGCCGCGCGCGAGCCCAGGCCCGCGGAGACAUGAGCGCCCGGCUGCCCGACGCACCCGAGGCGCAGCGCUGCGGCCCCGUGGCCCCGCGAUGGGCUCCUGCGUGUCGCGAGAUCCUACUAGACAAUUCCUGAAGAACAAGAACAGUCUCCCUCAAUCGCUCAUUUUACAGAUCUGUUCACAAGCGCCCACAAGGACUGCCCCGUGCCCCAGGGCACGGACCCCCUGAACCCAGACUUGCCCUCCAGCCACCCACCCACUGUUGCUCCAGCCCAUGUCACUGGCAAGGACAAACAGAUGGAUUUCUGUUGGGAUCCUUGGCAGAGGUGCUUCCAGACCACCCACGGCUACCUGUCCAACUCCAGAUCCUGCUCCAGCAACUACAGCGUGGCCGCCCUGGCCACAUCAUCCCUUGUGGGGGUGGUGCAGAGCAUCAAGGACCACAUCACAAAGCCCACAGCCAUGGCACGUGGCCGCGUGGCCCACCUCAUCGAGUGGAAGGGCUGGAGCGCCCAGCGGUCAGGCUGGGAUCUGUCCCCAGCUGAGGACGGGCAAUACUGCUGCCUCCCUGAUGAGCUGCGCGAGGCCCGCUUUGCCGCAGGGGUUGCUGAGCAAUUUGCCAUCACGGAGGCCACACUGAGCGCCUGGUCCUCACUGGAUGACGAGGAGCUGCACCCCAAGAACAGCCCUCAGGACGUCAUCCAGCUGCAGGACCCGGAGACCAUCUACCUUCAGGACAGUCUUCUGAGCGGCCCCUCGCAGGAUGACAGUCUUCUGGCCUUCUCCUCCCCUGGCCUCUCCCCCGAUGGCUGGCCCUCACCCGAUGAGCCCCCCAUCGCAGCUGCUGACCCCCAGCCCCCCAGCCCUGAACAGUACCAUUGGUGGCGGCGGCCGCCAGGGGACCCGGGGCCCAAGGGUGGGGCCCACCUGCAGGGCUCCCUCCCCUUGGUGGACAGUAACUCCCUCUUGGACGAGGAGGAUGAGGUGUUCUAUAACUGAGGCGGGGCUGCGUGGCCCGGAGCCUGCUCACAUGGUGACCUUGCCUGGGGGGCAGCACAGACAUAGGGUGGUGGGAUCCGGGCUGGGCAUCCUUUGACCCCUCGAGGCAGGCACAGGGUGGGUGUGGCAGGGAUGGGGGCAAGCCUUCCUUGUGGACCACUCUGUGCCUCCGUGGACCUGCCCCUGGCAAUGGGAGCUGUAACCCCGUUUCUCCCUUCUUUACCUGGCCCAGGUGAGUGCCUCCCCCCGCAGGGUCUCUGCCAUCUGCAAGCUUCAGGACUGUCAGCAGACACCAGGGCAAGCUGCCCAGAGGAGCCAGCAGCCAGGUGUCCAGGCAGACAGCCGCAGGAGGGCCUGGGGAUGCCAGGGCUCAGUCCCUGCCCCUCCCUCUGUGCUUCUGCCCCCCAUCAGAGGUGGGGUAGCCUCUUCUGGUGGCUGAGGCCCACUCCUCCUCUCUCUUCACAAGGAUUUCUGUUGUUCUGGAGUGUCUGUCUGUCCCUCACUCAUGGAAGCUGCUCCCUGGUUCCCCUGCUCCCCGCCCCUGCACCCUCCUCCCGUCUCCUGAAGGUUCUCUGAAGACAUUAAAGUGGUGGGUUCACCCUGGA